AUGGAGCAAAACACAGAAGAAGUGAAGAACGAGAGGAAAGCUCCGUGUGUGGCUGAGCAGGAGGGAAGCCGGACGGCACAGCAGCCAGACCGCGAGCGAGGCGACGCCGGGAGGGGACCGGCAGAGAGCGAGCAGCACCGGAGGAGAGCCGGCGGUCUGAUCGUCAGGAUCCACGACUCCCCCUGGUUCCGCAUCUUCAUCAUGGCGGCCAUCGUCCUCGACGCUGCGGUUCGCGCCACGCAUUCCUACAAGUUUCUGCGUGAAUAUCUGCACGAGCUCUUCGUGUUUGAGAGCGUCUUGCUCACCGGGAUUUACACCUUGGAGUUCCUGAUCAAAGUGUGGGCUGAAGGCUUCCGCUAUCUGAAGAGUAAGUCCGGCGUGUUUGACGCUCUGGUCCUGGGUGCCGUCUACCUGUCUGCGUUCAGACCAGAUGAAGCGUUUCCUCUGACCGUGGAGCUGCGAGCCGCGCGCCUCCUCAAGAUCAUCUCCUUCAUCCCGGCGCUCCGGGACGUGGCCGAGUGUUUGUUCCUCGUCAUGAGGAAAUCACUCUAUGCCUUCUUCCUGCUGCUGCUGUUCGCCUUCUUCGCUGGCGUCUGUGGAUUUUACUUUUUCGGCGGCCCAGACAGUCCGGAUCCUCUGCACUGGGAAGACAAGUCCAACUCUUUCCUCUCCGCCGUGGUGCUUGUGACCUUGGACGGCUGGACCGACAUCCAGGACGUGCUGGACAACGCGGGGCUGAAAUCGAGCCGCAUCUUCACCGUCCUCUGCAUCGUGCUCGGCUACUUCAUCCUGUACAAUUCUUGCAUUGCGGAGAUGAGCGCGUACAUGACGGACAUCACGACAAAACGAGAGGCGACUCGGAGGAAGAUGGAGGAGGAGGCCCGGGCUCUGAGGAGGCGAGCCAGGAGGCCAGAGGGCGAGGAAGAAAUCCGUCAGGUCAGAGGCGAUUUCCAAAGCCUGAAGGAGCAGUUUAAAACCCGUCCUCAGAGCAAAAAGAAGGUGAGAGAGGAGCCGUGCUCCAGCGUCAACUUUGCCAAGCUCUACCUCAGCGCCCAGCGCCGCCUGGACCACAAAACGCAGGAGAUGAGCAGGUGUUACGACGAGAUGGCAGAGGUGCUGCACGAGCUGAAGGAGGACGAGCAGCUGCACGAGCCGUGA